CAUAUGAGUGCACGAGACGAAGAUCUCCUCACAACGAAAUUGACAGGUCCGUUUUCGAGGAGACUCUUACAUAUAAAAAUUACAAAAUCGAGUAGCUUCACGACGAUGAUAAUGAAGACGAAAGGGCGAUAAUGAUCUUCGAACGGUCGACAGUUAUUCUCAAUAUCGCAAAAUCAAAGUGUAAAGGUUAAACUACAGGGAGCGAGACUUUCACGCGAGAAUGUCUACUGACCUGCUACCGGAAUCGGUGAACUUGUUCCUCGACGAUUUCGAGACCAGUCUCUGCCUGCCCAUUCUCAUGGUUAUGGUGCUCUGCACCGCUCAAUUCGUAUUUAAUCACAUCUUCGGUAUCGGAUGCACGAUCUAUCAGAGCGUGAAGAAGCCGGCGACGGAGGAGGAAGAGGAGCAGGAUAAAACUACUAUAAUGGAAAAACUUAAAGGAUUGCUGCCUAUUCUAGGUAUCGGAAAACGCGAUACAGUAACUACGAAUCCAAUUAGAAAUCCAUGUACCGAUCCUCGAUGUCGUGAGGAGGAAUGGGAUUACUGUGAGGAGGAUUGAAUGAGAUAACAGAAUGUUCCUGUGUACGUCAUUACAAGUACAAUAUAUAUAUAAAGCGCAUAAUAAACAAAUAAAAGUAUC